ACCCACGGCGGCAGGCAGCUGGGGGUGGGGGGGUGGCCCUGGAGUAGGGGCUGUGGCGGUGCGCGGGGACCCGGCGCGGUGGCUGCGGUGGCUUCAGGGCUGACGAGAAACUACUAAAGUUCCUGUGGAAGUAAAGUAGAAUUUCAUAAGAACAUAAUGGAUGGAGAAGAGAAAACCUACGGCGGCUGUGAAGGCCCCGAUGCCAUGUAUGUCAAAUUGAUAUCUUCGGAUGGUCAUGAAUUUAUUGUAAAAAGAGAACACGCACUAACAUCCGGAACAAUAAAAGCCAUGUUGAGUGGCCCAGGUCAGUUUGCUGAGAACGAAACUAAUGAAGUCAAUUUUAGAGAGAUCCCUUCACAUGUGCUAUCAAAAGUAUGCAUGUAUUUUACCUACAAGGUUCGCUACACUAACAGCUCCACGGAGAUUCCUGAAUUCCCAAUUGCACCUGAAAUUGCACUGGAACUGCUGAUGGCUGCGAACUUCCUAGAUUGUUAAAUAAAAUAAAUUAUAAUAAACUGUUAACUUUUUUCAGUAUUUAAUACCUGUAGUUCAGUUAGUAAUUUUUUCAUAUAUAGCAUGUUGCCUGUGUGCAGUUGAACUUUAAAGUUCAUUGCAAAGCAGAUUAUCUUCUGUUCUUUUGCAUAGCAAUCAGAGUUGAAAUUUGUUUGCUACAUCAACAAAUUGAGGACAUUUUCACAAAUUGAGAAAUAAACAAAUAUGCCAAUUCGUA